GUACUUUUAAUUUGAAUUCCAAUAGCCACCUCCCAUUCAAAAUUGGAUAAGAAUAUUUUGCGUAUCAAAGCGAAACACUCAACGAAUCUGAAUGAUAUCUACAAUUUUCAUUGUUGAUACUUGAUAGGUAAAUUGUAUUCUGCCAUUGUUCAAUUCAGCUCAUCAGAUAACAGGAAAUGCAGUUAAACCAGCAUAUGAUUUAUUUCAAUGAUAUUUUAUAGUCAGUCCCAGUAGGUACAUAGUAAAAAUAAAAAUGUCCCGAGGUGGUAGGUCUAAGACAACUGGAUCCAAGAAUGUGUAUAUUAAAGCUCCUACAGGACUCACUCCGGCAUCACCGGGUUUAUACUGGAUAGAUUCUGAAAUAGGCCAAAAUAUUCCACAAAAUGCUUUUACUGGCUUAGAGGCAGAUGGUAGUGAAGUCUAUCUUGGUCGAACAAAUAUUGAUGGCAAUGAACUACUAGCAAGGAUACCUAACAAAGAGGAAGCUUACGCAUUUUACGAGGGUGAAGAAAUACCAGUCACAAAGUAUCAGAUUCUUGUGCAGAAACAACUUAUGUGGAUCCGAGUUGAAGAAGGUCGUAUACCUCCAAAUUCUGUUACAGUUGGCGCAGAUCUAUACAUCGGAAGAAAAAAUGGUUUCUUGGGACAGGUCUCCAGUGGUGAACUUCGCGUCACUAUUUCUGGUGAGCAGAGGAGUUUUAAAAACUAUGAAAUAUUAGUUUACCAGUGAUUUAUGAUAAGAAUUGUACUAAUUAUGGAUUCA